UAAUUCAGAAGACUGGACUGUUAACUUUGGAACUAUAGUAAAUAAACCGUAUAUGACACGGAAAGUCCAAAACAUUAUUUAUCAUGAAAAUUAUAGCACUGCUGGGGUUCAUGAUGAUAUUGCUCUUGUGCAGCUGACUGAAGAAGUCUCUUUUACAAAGUACGUUCGUAGGAUUUGUCUUCCUGAAGCCAAAAUGAAGCUCUCAGAAAAUGACAGUGUUGUAGUAACAGGAUGGGGAACACUUUCUAUGAAUGGUCCUGUUCCAAAGAUACUUCAACAGGCCUUUGUGAAGAUUAUUGACAAUAAAGUUUGCAAUGCUCCAUGUGCAUUAUCUGGCUGGGUGACUGAAAAUAUGCUAUGUGCUGGAUUUAUGUCAGGAGAAGCUGAUGCCUGUCAGAAUGAUUCUGGUGGACCACUAGCUUACGCUGACACUAGAAAUACCUGGCAUCUUGUUGGAAUAGUGAGCUGGGGUGAUGGAUGUGCUAAAAAGAAUAAACCAGGUGUCUACACUCGAGUGACUGCUUAUCGUGAUUGGAUUACCUCCAAGACUGGACUCUGAAAGAAAAGUAACUUUGAAAUGGAACAUAAAGACAACUGCAGGGUA